UCAGUGCCGAGCAGUUUCCCCCCUUAAACCGCUAUCUCUGCCCGUCGUCCAGAAAACAAACGGGAUUUCUCAUCGCACUCCAUCGGUGCAAUCCCGCAAGUCACGUCUCGCUGUGUGGUUUUCAUUUUUCGGGUGGCAGGUGUCCCGGUGCGUAGUCGUCCUCACACCGGACAAGUGAAGCUCUGAGCUGCACUGUUGCUGCGCUGUCGCCUCGCAUCUCUGCAGCAAAGCGGAUAGGGAAAUGGUGCCAGGCUCAACUCUCCGGCGGCAUUCAGAGGUUAGACUCUCACUCAUCAGAGGGUCAAAGCCACAAACACAUCACCCCCCCACCUCCUGCCUGGCGAGGGUCCUCCUUCUGCCUGCAUCUAUCUGAACAGCAGUGAGGACAGACGAGAAACUUACACAGUAGUGGAACUGCGUGUGAGUGUGUGUGUCAGCGCUUCAGUGCCUCUAGUGUUCCCACUAGCCCUCCACUGUGUGUGUGCAAUGAGGUGUGUGUGUGUCAAGGUGGAGAGUUAAGAAGACAGGACCUGUUAAAGUCAGCAAAGUCUGCAAGUUCGUGUCAGGGCUGAGCAUUCCAUGCACGUGAGACUCCGUGUGAUUGUUUGUGUGUGUGAGUGUGUGUGUGAGGGGCUACUGUUGACCAGGCAAUGAGUGCGUCUCAGAGGGAGAGGCCGUUCGAUGCUGAGUUGAGCUAAGGGAGCAGAACAGGAGAAUCUGUAAGAGGAGCAGCCAUGGGGCUCGGACAGUCCAGCAAGGCUUCGGUCACCGAGGAAUCAGACGAUGUGAAUUUUGACCACUUCCAGAUCCUGAGAGCAAUAGGAAAAGGAAGCUUUGGAAAAGUCUGCAUUGUGCAGAAGAAGGACACUAAGAAGAUGUACGCCAUGAAGUACAUGAACAAGCUGAAAUGUGUGGAGCGGAAUGAAGUGAGGAACGUCUUGAAAGAGCUGCAGAUAAUGCAGAACCUUGAGCACCCUUUUUUGGUCAACUUUUGGUAUUCCUUCCAGGAUGAGGAGGACAUGUUUAUGGUGGUGGACUUGCUCUUGGGAGGAGACCUGCGCUAUCACCUCCAGCAGAACGUCCAUUUCUCAGAGAGCACCGUCAAACUCUACAUCUGUGAGCUGGCCCUGGCCCUGGGUUACCUCCGUACGAAGCGCAUCAUACACAGAGACAUCAAACCUGACAACAUACUCUUGGAUGAACAUGGGCACGUCCAUCUGACAGACUUCAACAUCGCAGCCAUCGUAAAAGAAGACCUGAAAGCGACGUCCAUUGCUGGGACCAAGCCAUACAUGGCUCCUGAGCUGUUCCAAACCUUCGAGGGGUCCCAUCCCGGCUACUCCUUCUCGGUCGACUGGUGGUCGCUGGGCGUCACAGCUUAUGAGCUACUAAGAGGACAGAGACCAUAUGUGAUGAGAUCCAGUACACCGGCUAAUGAGAUCCUGCAGACCUUUCACAAGGUCCAUCCCAGCUACCAAGCAGCCUGGUCUUUGGAGAUGAAGUCUCUACUCAGAAAGUUGCUUUGCAUAGAUGUCCAGAAUCGCAUUUCCUGUCUAGCAGAGCUGCAGGAUCUGGACUACAUGUCAGAUGUCAACUGGGACGCUGUGCUCAGCAAACUGCUUCCUCCAGGCUUUAUUCCCAAUAGGCGGAGAUUAAACUGUGACCCCACAUUUGAGCUGGAGGAAAUGAUCCUGGAGUCCAAACCACUUCACAAGAAGAAGAAAAGGCUUGCUAGAAAAACCAAGGACCAGGGAUCUGAUGGCUCCCCACAGAACGGUCAGUUGCAACAGAGAUUGGAUAAUGUCCAGAGAGACUUCAUUAUCUUCAACAGAGAAAAGUCAAAGAAAGCCGUGGACUCAGACUCCUCUGAGCUGACAAUGACUGAGAAGAACAAGGCAAUAGAGGAUGGACAGAACAACAAUGUGGAGCCGGUGGCCUUCUUAUCAGGAUAGGUCUCAAGACCUGAGACCCCUACGUAGUCCCUUAUCACCUGCACCUUCCCACAGCUUGUAGAUCAGCAAUUGCCACCUAUGUUCUAUCAGCACAGGCACUCACAGGCCGUCCUUCAAUGUUCCUGCACCACUGCAUCGCUUCACAAACAAGAAUGCUUGUGCUUCACUGUUCACCCACAAAGAAAACGCAUCAAGAACUGCAGGAGAGAAAUGGGCUCUCAGCAGAGUGUCGCUCAUAUCCUGCUCCCUAACAUCACUCUGGUGCUCUGAGGCCUGCUCAACAUCAACUCUGGGUGCUGUGCUGAAGUGAAAAGGAAGUCACUGCCCUGUCAAAAAAAAAGGAGACAAUGGCACACCUGCCCAAGCUGCUGCUUCCUUGGGUGUGACACUCAGAUUUGUAAUAUCAGCAGUGCAUAUGCUGGUUAAUAAUAGUUAUUUAAACAACAAUGGUUUCCCAGUGCUACUUGAACCUAAUAAGAAUUGGCAUAAGGAACUGGGUUGGCAACCUAUAUUGAAAAACAAACACUUUGACAGCUUUUUCCCUUGUUAUUUACAGGACUUGAGAUCCGAGCAUGAAACUAGUACAACGUUUAAAACAGAGAGGUCAAUAAGGUCAAAUGAGGCCUUUCUUUUUAACAGAGCAACCACAGAUUCAUCUUAUUGAAAAUGAAGAGUUGAACUGUAGGCUUGAGCCUGAAUGGCUCACUUUAUCAGCAGAGACACGGUUGUAGUGGUCAUUGUGCUUAGCUUUGCUAGUAAAGCUUAGAAAAGAUGGUAGGACUGCAACAUUGGUACAAUGUCCCAGCUCCAUCAGCUGCAGAUAUCAGCAAAACCUGCUACAGGUCGAAUUCACUUUAAUAUGCUGAAAUUUGAAAUGCAGUUAACAUAAAAUAAUCUCAAACAUUUUCAUUCAAACAAACGUCUGUUAAGUCAAAAUAUAUCGCUGAAUAAGGUAACACAAUGGUGAUUGUAGCUUUAACCUUGAAGGUCUAUUCUUGACCUUGGAAGUCUAUAUGAAGUGUAAGCCAUCAGAUGUGGUUGAAAGCUCUGGGCGCAACGACUGGACCUUUCGAUAAUUUAUUUUGUAAAAGAGGUUUUAAACUCUUUAAAAACACUGACAUCGUUGGCUAAGCUUUGCCUCAAUUUGCAAAUGACCAGCGGCGUCUCCAAAUAAAGGUUUAUCGCUAUGAAAACGUAGAAAAGGUAACUGGUAGAUGUUAUAUGUUCUGCACUGAACCUUGCUUUGCACAUGCUUCUUCAUCAACUGUAGCAUUUAUGCACAGAGAGACAAAAAAAAUCUAAAGCUGUGAGUGACUACUUAUUCCCUUAGGGAUGUUUUUUAUAGACAUGGAUUAAGCUGAGACCUAGAUAACAUUUAUUUUUCAGUCACUGUCUGCAUUGAAAUUGUUGUCAAAUAAUGUGUCUAUGUCCUUCCUCUUUUGUGUUGAAUACAACCAAUUACAUGUACCCCCGGAUAAGCCUGUACAUUUGUAUUUGCAAUUAAUAGAAGAAUACAUUCUGUGACAAUAUUGUUGUGCAGAUGGUAUAAAACAGGAAAUUUAGCACCAGCUGGAUAACGGCGGGAGAAAAAUCUUAAUUUAGAUUUUCACAUUCAAAGUGGUAAAUAAGAAAACAUUGACAGAAACAAAUAAUACCCCAGGCUAAAACAAUGUCCGACAAACCAAACCUGCCCCUGAAGCUUUCAGAGGGAAGCCUUAUACCAUAGAUAUGGCACACAGUUUGAUCCCUAAAACUAUGUGUAAGUAGCUAAGUCGUACAAACCUGAGCUUUUUCACAAUCAGUAAGUAAAUGUGAUUUCUACAAAUGUCUAGUCAUUCUAUUGAGUCUGAUUUAUCUAUCUGCAAUACAACUCAAUCCUUCAAUUCUAAUACUUGAUUAUAUUUCAAACAUAUUUCACUCUAUUCAAUUCAUUACUGUUGGCACUUUUCUAUUGAGAAUUAGUACAAUGUUUUGACUAAACUGUGUAUUGUUGUUGUUGAUGUUGUUGUUGUCAUUGAUGUCAUUUUACAGAUCCAAAAUUAAGGUCUUGUAUAAGAUGUUAAAUAUAGUGAGAUAGGAUAACAGAUGGAGUGAUCCGAGAUUCUUGGGGUAUUUUAUUUGGGAAUAAUUAUCUUACUUUUUGUUAUGUAACAGGAAUCGAUCGGAUGGGGUCAUUGCGAAAAUCAAAUGAUGUGACAGAUUCAACCCUUCCAAAAAAUCUAAGUAUAAAAUAAUAAUUUAAUAGAAAUAGUAUUGACCUAAGUAAAACAAUUUUUCAACAAAACUUGCCUAUCUAAAAAAAAGUCUGGGAACAGCUUUGCUCCACACCUGUGAAUCUCAUUCCUAUUAAGGUUGUGUUGUCCUUCAGUUGUCACUGUGUGUUUAUUGUAUUCAAAUGUGAUGGAGUUGCAAACUAUUAAGGUGUGCCUUAAAUAACAACUUUCUUUUUCUGAAACAAA